AUGGCCAGCGUCCUGUGGAGCCCGGUGUCCCUUGCGGAGUCAACGACGACGGGCGAACAGUGUCCACAGGAGUGCAGCUGUGAUGCCGACGCCACGAUCCGGUGUAGUGGCGUGGCCGGACUGCGUGGUAUGGACAAAUCGCAACCGAUCGCGCGGCUGGUCCUGUCUGGGUUGGAGCUGACCAAGAUACCGGCAUCGCUGGAGAACAUGCGCAACAUCACGGAGCUGGAUCUGUCGGCGAACCGCCUGUCGGAGGUGAACCACCUGGGCAAGCGCGUCCGGAAGCUCAAUCUCAGCCACAAUCGCAUCACGUCGGGCAAGCUGGCCCGCAUUCCACCGUUCGUGGAGUCGCUCAAUCUGACGCACAACGAAAUCACGCACCUACCGCUGCACCUGAUGAAGCUGAAGAAGCUCCGGUACAUCGAGCUGGCGAACAACCCGAUCAACUGCACCUGCGAGACGCUGCACAUACGCAACUGGCUAACGUCGCGGCACGUGUGGUCGGACGAGCACAUCAAGUGUAUGGCACCGGCGGAGUUUAAGGGACGACCGUGGCUGCAGGUGCGCCAGUCGGACGUAUGCCACCCGUCGGUGGUGGAGGAACGCAAGGGGGGCUACAACUGGGACGACUACGAGGACGACAACGAGCUGAUGCUUGGCGAUCAGCCGCAUCACGCUGCUGCGAACGAGGACGACGAUCAGGAGGACGAUCUCCACUCGGAUUUUUUGCCCGUGAAUCGCGAGAAAGUGAAACGUCAGGAGCCACUGAUCGUCGAGGAUAACAACGAGGAGGAGGAGGGUGACGAAGCCUCCGGACACGGACCAGCGCUUGGAGAGCCGAGCAUUUCAGCGGAGGCCCGUGCGAAGGUGUUCGAUAAUCUGGUAGCUGCCGACGAUGGAAGUGGUGACGAUAGUCCAAGCUUACGAACCCACACCGAGAAGCAGCCGGAAGAGAAGAACGCCGGGGAGGAUGAGGACUCCACCGACGAUGGAAGUGGCAGUGGCGGUGGUCUUCUGCCCAGCUUUAUUGGUGCCGUUGAAACGGGUUCCUUUGACAUCACGUCCGAAACGAUCCCCGUCGACGAUGGUUUGGAGGAUGUGAAAAAGGACGAGGAAGAAGAAUCACCCCUCGGAUAUCCGACCGUGAACGGGAAUUUGGGAAUUUUCGUCGAUGAGACGAGCUCACCGACUUCGGCGACGACUGAGGAAACUGCCACGGAGCGGCAGAACGAACGUGUAAUGCUGGGAGGGGCCAUGGGAGGGGUGAAAGUGGGUGACGCUGAAGGAGGUGCUUCAGUGAUUGCUGAUGAGUCUGAAAGAACGGCGGCAACUCAACCGGAGGAAGACAACCGCAAUACGUACAUCCUGCUGGCGAUCCUCGGCAUCAUUGUGGUAUCGUUGAUCGUGAUGGUAGUGUGCAAGCGCAAGCCGGACUCGCGCAACCGUCGUGGCAAAUACGACGUGGAGACGGCCAACCAGGGACGCGAGUUGAAGGAGAUGAAUAAAAACCUGCUGGAGAAAGCACCGGGCGAUCGGAAUGGCCAUGGUGUGGCCGGUGGAGGUGCGCCCGAGCAGGCGCCACUGAUGGGCAAGAGUGACUACGACAAGGUAUUCGGCGAUCCCAAGAAGACAGCCUUCACUCCCGUGAAACCGCAGCGGACCUCGCUGGAAAAGCCCAUGGAGUCGUUCAAACCGAUCCCGGCGGAACGCACCGGUGGUCGGGGGCCCGAGUCGGACAACAAUAACACGACGACACUACCGAAUGGGAACGGAGCGCUGCACAACGGUGGCGAGCAGGUGCACAAACCGCCGGCCGUGCCGGAUGCGACCGACUCCGACGGCCAUCUGCUGGCGGAACCGCCGAUGGAGUCACCCCGCUCGAAGCGCUACAGCCCCAUCUACGUGCCUACCUCGCCCAAGUCGGACCGCUACAGUCCGGUGUACUCGCCCGAGACGGGACGGGUGAAGAUCAAGCUCACCGAGACGCCCAAACCGAAGACGCCGAUCCUGGUGACGAGGAGUCGCUCGCGGGCCGGCGAAAUCAUCACCACAAUGGACGACCAGAAGUUCUAG